CCGAGCUCACUUCCAACGUCGCUCAUGCUGAUGGUCAAGUGAUGGACUGCUUCUUGUUCUGAAAAGUCUGAAGGGCACGACGCGACUGGAAUAGGUAAUCAAGCAAUUCGAAUCCUAAACAAUUGCCCUAUAUGCCAUAUAUUGAAGGGCUAGAUCCUCAUCUAAGAAUCAAAAUUGACAAAAUGUUGAUGAUGCUUCUUUUCGCCAGAAUCACUAUUAACUCUCACAUAAUUAUGAACGGAUUCCAAAGCCUCCACAUUACUCUUGCGGGGCGUCUGGCUUUGAUCAGGAGGUGGAACUAGGCGGCAGCCAGCGGCCAAGUCCACGAUGACUUCUAGGCAGCCAUAACCACUAACUAAGAGAGCCAACAAACAUUUGUUUUCUGUGUCUCAAUCACAUCAGUAAUUUUCCUCGGCCAAUAGUAGAAAAGGAAACGAGCAUCUCUUCAUCGUCUCUCGCACUCUUAGCAUCAAGCCAGCAUUUCUCACCGCAAUGUGCCACCACUGCUUCGACAACAAGCGUCUAGACAGCGCUCCUCCUAGCAUGCGAGCAAAAGACGUCGCUCGCCGAAAGAUAGAAGAAGCAGCUCACAUAGAAAGAGAAAGAGCCGAGGAGGAAGGAGAAAAAGAUGAAGAGGAAAACAAGAGUCGUCCACCAAAUAAGACAUUUGUUCAGGCCUCGCCCUGCCACGACGGGGCUCCCACCUUCGCAGCGUACCAAAUCCAUGACGACACCCCUGAAUCCGACUUAACCGCGCUUCGAGCUCUACGUCCACCAUUCGGUUUCGUCCUGUACGACACCUCGGAGACUGCCCGUCCCGCCCGCAGUGCUCAGCUUGCCCGCGCCCUGUUUGACCACACCAAAACGAAGCGGGCGAAGAUCCGCUACGGAGCAGAUCGUAUCGAAGUCGUCACGCUGCCCCUACCAAUCACCUUCUCCCUCAAUCAGCGCAUGGAGACGUGCAUGCGCCAUCAUGAUGCCGAGUACCAAAGCCGUUUGCGCAUCGCUGACAAGGCCGAGGCCGCUUCGUGGUUUCUCGCCGAGCGUAUCAUGGAUCGUCAAUUUGCGCGUAGGGCUUUCGUAAUUGAUUGUAUCAAGGAGGACGGAGACGGGGACGAGGGUGAGUCCGCCGCGGCGGCCUCAUGGGAGGAGUCGUUCAGCAAUGUGGAUCAGGAGCACGAGGCCGUGAUGCAGCCUGACUUGAGCAGCUCCGGAAGCUUUAUUGAGAUCAAUUGGCAUCCACGCAAGGUGAUAUGGAACUUUUGGAACCGUGAAGAUUGCGGCCCUGGAGAUAGUAUGUCCUCUUGCCGAUUCGGGUCCGAAGCUUUCGGGGGUAGAUUUCAGGAGAUGAGGGAUGCUAUUGAAGUGUUUUACAACCAUUUCGUUCCAGAUGGUAUACUCGAUCGACGAUUAGAUCAGGCUCGGGCGGCUAGAUUCGUAGCCUUGUGAUGAUCGGACGUUGGCCGGAGAGUUCUUGGAAGGGAAAUGAAUGAUAAUAGAUUAAAUUCCAGGCAGCAAUCAGUUCAAGCUCACUAUCGCCUCAUU